AUGGAUGGUCUCCUGCAUCGCUGCGAAUGCUUCCUUGUGCAACACAAACUGCCUUUCCUUGAAAAGGUUUGGCUAGCUGACAGGUACAAGCUGAAUCGUUUAUUGGUACUUUGUUUGAGAGAAAUGAGGCCCAAUUCCAAAAUCGAUCUUACGGGUACCCGUUAUUAUGGUUUGAGUGAUCGCGUCAAGGUGCUGCUUUUGGAAAGGUUGCAUGGCGCCUCCGCACCAGAGGUUUGCGGAUUGUACCUUACAUUUUUAUGAGU